UGACUUCACUCGCAACAGCUUUCAAGGCACCAUCCCUUCUGUCUUCGCCACUCUCACCAAACUCAACAUGCUACGCUUUGACGAGAACCAGUUUUUUGGGGAGAUUCCUUCCCAAUUGGGAACCCUCACAAACCUCAGAUACCUGGGCUUCGCCACCAAUGCUCUCUCGGGUGCCGUUCCUCCCACCCUCGGGAAUCUCCUGCUCCUCACAUCGCU